UACAUUACCGACAGUUCAUUGACAACUGGACUAAUGUCACCAAAUGUCAAAAUAAUGCGAAAUAACGUGAAUUUUCUAAACAAAAACAAUAUUUAAGUUUUGUACCCCCAUCAAGUUGAAAACUGACCCGAAAUGACCACCAAGUGCACCAUUUUCGUUUUCAUUGUCUUAUCCGUCACUACCACUCUAACACAAAGCAGCGACAUAACCCCCUUAGUUUUUGGUACAUUAACCGAUGGCAUGCCCGCCGCAUUUGGAGAUUUUAAUUCCGACGAACUAACCGACGUUUUCGUCCUUCGAAAUGGUGGAAAAACCGUUGAGAUUUUGUUAGCACAUGAGGAAGAACCGAUACUGCGAGUGGCCAAGCCUAGCUUGUCUUGCACCUUUGAAAAUAAACUAAUCACAAGUGUGGUGCCUGGAGACUUUGAUGGGGACGCCUUCAUGGACGUUAUGGUCACUCUUGUAUACAGAGGAAAAGAAAACGAGCAUUUUCCACACACUUAUGCUCAUAUUAUCUGGGGUGGGGCAAGCCAUUUGAAUUGCAGUAAUGAAAGAAAAGCGAUUCCCAUGAUCGGACAGCCGCUGGCGCUUGACUAUAAUCAGGAUAUGAUUGUUGAUUUGUUUGGGCAGGAUACGGAUGGAACUAGGGUGUUUUGGGUUUUUAAUAACACAAGGAAUCCACCUGAGAGGAUCCCCAUGGAGGAUAAUAUGCGCAGGACGGAGUUGAGCAGACCCCACGCUCAUGCUUUUAUCGAUUUAAAUGAGGACUAUAUGGCCGAUUUGUUCAUAACAACAAAAGAGGAUUUUGAAAUUUGGCUAGGAAGCGAACAUAAGGGCAAAUUUAUCUACAAGAAAAGCAUCCAACAUCCAAAAGGGGCGAAAGUAAUUGGCCAAUCACUCUUCAUGGAUGUUGAACUCAAAGGUCAAAUGGAUUUAGUGACUCCAAUUUGUUUCGACGACAAUUGCCAAAAUAGCGCACUUUUGGUCUACAGCAACGGCGAGUGGCACAACUUGCAAGUGAAUUUCAAAGACGAUUAUGGGGCCACAUGGGGCUUUGCUCUCAAACCUGGCAGUAAAUACACCGAUACUAUCACUUUGCACAGUGGUGAUUUUAACAUGGACGGAUAUCCGGAUAUUUUGGCCACUUUAAGCCCCAAUAAUCCGGAGCAUCCCCAAUCAUUUUUGUUAGAGAAUGUCCCCUGUAUGACCAGUUGUGGUAAAUUUAAACGUUCAUACAACGUAAGAUGGAACAUUUUGAAUUCGUUUAAAAAUGGCACUGCAAUGGCUGCUUUUUUUGACUUUUACCAAGACGGUAUUUUGGACGUGAUUUUGGUCUCUUACCAUAAUAAAGAAUACAAAGCUGCGGCUUUCAAAAAUAGUCUAGAUUACGACGCGAAUUUUAUCAAAGUCAUGGUUUUGACCGGACUUUCGAAUAAGAACAAUGAAAUGAUUAUGGGGCGAGUAGGGAAGAAAAGACGCACUUACGGUACUAAUUUACCCGGUCCUUUGAUUUCUUACAAGACAACAACACAGGAAGGUUAUACACGACAUGGUGCUUCAGCUCAGAUACCUCAAUCAGCCCACUUUAGUCUCAAUUUGCCAUACACUAUUUUUGGUUUAGGGAGAACACCAAACUUUGUUGAUUCUUUGACAGUAGGUUUAUCAAACCAUUCAAGAUCGUGGAAUCAAAUUAUACCAAAUUCCCAAAUGGUAGUAAUACCAUGGCCUGCAAAUGAACCAUCACGAUGGAAAGCACAAUUAUUCGUGACUCCUAGUAAGCUAAUUUUAAUGUCUGUAGCGGCAUUAACCGGCAUUUGUGGUAUCAUAACUGUGAUAAUUGGAGUCUUGCAUUGGAAAGAGAGGCAAGAGGAUAAGAAAGAGCGGCUUUCCGAGUCUCAUCGUUUUCAUUUUGAUGCUAUGUAAUUAAUUGUUUUAAUUUAUUUUACUUUUUUAAUUUAAUAAAGUGUUAGUUGUUUAAAAUUC